UGCAAUUUGCAAAGAUUUGCAGGACUUAUGUACUUCAACCAAUGAAACAGAAAACAACAAUCAAUUGAGCGGCUCCCACCACACAUACAUCCAAGUCGGGUUACGAGACUAUUUGUACUCAAAGUAGUAGUGGGGGGCUAUGCGGAAAGCAGCGUGGUUUCAGAAUCAGCAGAAUCAGAGAGAACUUCAGGCCAAGCUCAGCACUACAGCAGUGGUGGGGGAACUUGACUGUGAAUAGUCGUGGAUCCGACUUCGGUGUCGGUGUGGAGGGUGACGUUUAGCACAAACAAACAAAUAACAAAAACAACCCAUUCAGCAUUUAAAUGUACGGCUUGUGCACUCGAUCUGAGUGGCCCAACAUCAUGAUGCUACCCCAACGUCCUGUCCAAGAGGAUUGUCCGUUACACACACUCCCGACAGAAAUUUUUGAAAGUAUAUUUCAAUACUUAGACCCAAUAUCUAUGGUGAGACUAUCAUGCACCUGUGCCCUCUUUUACAAUUUGGUCAACCAGGUUGCCAAAUGGCAAACUUGGACAUUGAAGGUAAUGGAAAACCCAAGCAUGGCACAUUUACCCUCUGCUGGUCUUCAUUUUGGUGUAUGCACCUGGAAACCCCAGGAACUUAUACAGAAUAAGUAUCCUCAGCAAACUCCAUGGAAACAAAUAUUUUAUUGCACACAAUUCUGGAGUAUGAUUAAAAACUGGAAUUAUAGUCUGACAUAUGAGACAUUGGUUGAACACGAUGAAAUAAAAUCUGUUGAUAUUGCAGGGCAAGAUAUUGUUUUUGGCACAAACCAAGGAAUACUUGGCCUCUGGAACCCUGACCAUAAUCAAGAGUUAGAGUCCCUGCACCGUUUCAAAUCUGAAGUUCUCACAGUCUUAGUAAAACUGUGUCCUGGUGGAUAUGAAUCACUACCAAGAUAUGAAAUUAUUGCCAAGUGUAGAAAUAGGUCUAUUGGUAUAUAUGACAUGACAGGUGACAGUGUGAAAAUUUUGGGCUCAUCAAAUUACACAGGGAUAUCAUCCUCUUGUGAUAGGAAUGUAUUCUAUGAAUGGGACCCUGCCAGUGGAUUUUUAUCCCAUUUGUCAAUCUCUGAAAAGAAAAUAAUUUCAAAACAACUUCCACAAUUGCCUUUAAAUCCUGUAGUGGCAGUGUAUGGGUAUGAUGGAGUCAGUGAAAAUGAGAAUCAAUCCAAAUUCAAACAGGUCUCAUUUCCCCUUCUUAUGGUCAGUUGCCGUAAUGGGCCUGCAAUUGUCACAUUCAUUGAGCGACCAUCAGGCCAUAUAUUUCAGAGCCAAUAUCAAAGCCUACUGACAGAGAAUAAUUUGUACAUUUAUAAGGCAUAUAUUUGGCCUGGCCAAGUUUCACUAAGUUUGACAGGUGGCGGCCUGACAAUUAUAUCAGUUGGUAAUCAAGUCAACAAAAUAAGAUGGCCAUAUUGGAAAUGGAUAUGUACAUCAGCUGCCCUUUUCGGUAAUAUCUUUCUUGUUGGAACCAGUACAGGAACCAUUUUGUUUUACCCGUUUAAAAGUCCAGAAGACCUUCUUAAUUUGGAUCCGAAUGACUAUAAAAAGAAAUUAGAAACGGGGUCUUCUGAGGCAUUAGUGCAUGUUGGUAUUAGAGUUCAGAAUGAUAUUCAUUCAUUACCAGACAUUUUUGCUGCUUCAAGAACAAAGCUGUUCUGUUUUAGAGUUUAAUUUACUAUUUUUGUCCUAGCACAAAGCUUUAUUGUGAUAUAUUUAUCAACUAUAUUCCAUAUUUUGUGUAAUUUGUUCACUGAUUAACAAAACAAAAUAAAUCACAUCCUGCAGA